AUGUGUUUUCCAAAUUUAUUAGAACUUGACUGUAGUGAUAUUCAGGAAAUAAACCUGAAAGAAAUUCGUUUUGAUGACAACGAUGCAAAUAGAAUAAAAUUGAAAAAUCUCGUGUUGAAUCGUCUGAAAGAUAAACAUAUAACGGUCGAUAAUAUAGCAAAAUUAAUAAAUAGAUUCAAUCCUUCAGAAGUCAGCUUACAAAAUUCUCUUGUUCAAUUUUCCCAACUGCUAAAUUUAUUCUCAAAAUCUACAUCAAGUAUAUUUAAAAAAUUAACAAUAACAAACAAUAGCAUUAAUGCUAAACUAUUUCUGAACAACACGUCGAAACUUAAUAAACUUCAAACGUUUUCCAGACUCGUGCGUUUCAUUUAUAUUCCAGCUUUAGUAUACGAAAUUGACUUCCCACGGAGCACAGGCAAGUUUAGAAAAAAGUACUUCUUCUUAAAAUUAAUCUCCACAAUUACUGUCUUCAACAUUUACAUCUACCUGAUUUACUAUAAAUAUCCAGACCUGAUGCGUGCACAGUCUCAAAAUCACUUGAUCACACUUAUUACUUCCUACUGCUCAAUUUUGAUUGAGUCCGUUAUGUUAAUUUUUCUUUUCAUGUUUGAUGGAAUAUUAAACUUGUUGGCAGAAGCAACAAGAUUUCCAGAUAGACAAUUUUAUGGAUUCUGGUGGAAUUCCACAACGUUUAUCGAGUUUUCGAGAGACUGGAAUACCCCUGUGUACAGAUGGCUUCAUGUGUACAUUUAUAAGGCCAGUUUGGGCUAUUUUAAAAAACACAACAAAAUAUUGUCUGUUUUGUUAACACUUACACCUUAA